AUGAUCUGGAAGAGAGCCUUUCUUUUGAGCCUAUUGUCAGUUGCAGUGGUAGACGCAAAGAAACAUAAAGGAGGACACAAAAAUGGAGGUGAACACCACGAAUCGAGCUUAACGACUUCGCCGAUAGAGACUUCAUCGGUUUCUGGGCCUCCACUCCGAAGUCAUUCAACUUCGGAGCCACACACGCCUUUCACCGACACGGCAACCACCACCGGCGCUUUGACUGCAACUUCAAUUGGCACAGGUAUCCCAAGCGCAGGCGUUGCAGCGGGUGCUACAAGUUACCCCGCCGAUGGAAACCUUCACCACGCUGAGCCUGCCCCUUAUGAACCAGCAGGUGGCGUUGGAACGAAUGGAAGUACGCCUGUUUAUAAUACAAAAAGCGACUUCGACUACGAGUCUUUGGCUCUCGCUUUAUACCAGGAAUGGAUCGAAUACGAUCUCUUCCAAGAUGGGCUUAGACUUUUCAAUGAGUCGGAUUUCCAAGCAGCUGGUCUGUCCUCUGCAGAUCGCGAGUUAAUCAAGUUCAUGGCACAACAGGAACUAGGUCAUGUUACCAUGUUGAGCAACAUCUUAGGCCCCCGUGCGCCACAACAGUGUUCUUACAUCUACCCGUACACCAAUGUGAGAGAGUUCAUUGACUUCUGUCAAAAGGUCACUCGAUUUGGGGAAGCGGGAGUUCACGGAUUCCUGCCUCAUCUGGACUCUCGUGAAGCAGCGACGCUCCUCACGCAGACUCUCACCGUUGAAGCCCGACAGCAGCUGGUCUUCCGUCAGUUCGAGGGCCUGUUUCCAAUGGUAGAAUGGUUUGAAGUUGGUAUACCGCAGUCCUGGGCCUGGACACUAUUGGCCCCGUUUAUCAGUACUUGUCCUGAGAACCAAACUCGAUUGAUUUGGCAAAAUUUCCCGACGCUCUUGAUUGUCAACCAGCCCAACCCCUGGAAUAUGGGAGUUACAGCAAACUCCUCUUCGGAUCAAGCUCAGACUUCCGGUUCCAGCUCUGCAUCAAGCUCCAGCCAGUCAACCGGCCCCAGCCAGAGCUCAGAGCCGACUCAGACUUCGUUUAGUAGCCAGCCCACUGGACUCAACCAGACUGCAGGGUUCAUAUUCAACCAAACCACAGGAUCAAAUGACACUACAGGUCCGGGUGUUAGCAUUCCGCGGAUACCCAAAGGCAGCAACUCUACCGACUUGAGCUCUAACUGUGGAGUCACUGUUAGCAAAACUCGACCACUUCCACUCACUUUUCCGGGUCGUCGGGUGCUGUUGCAGUGGGAUUCUCCUGGAAAGCAAGUUGGUCCCAACAACAGCUACAUCACUGCAACUCAAACCAAUCAGAGUGCCAAGUACGUUAUCUGGGUGUCUCAGCUCAAUGUGACUUAUACCACCCUGCAAGUUGACAACGGUACCAAUAGCAUCAAUGGUACCAAUGGCACCAGUCGUACUGGUGACCGAGGCUAUACAACCCAGCCAGACUUGGAAACAUACCAGGGAGAUCCUGCUAUCAACGGGACUAUAUUCAUUGCCAUUACGGACAGUGAUCCGGCUCUUAGUCCGUUCAAUCUAAGCUUGAUCAACCCGCAUGUGGUUGCUGGUCCGGCAUUGUACCAGGCUGGGUGA